CUGUCAUAUCUGCAAAAAUUUACAGAUUUGAGGUUAUAAUUUUAUUGUGGGGUCUUAAAUAUUAACUUUAAGAGUUGAUAAAUACAUUUAAUAAUGGCUUUUAUGCCGUUAAGACUUCCGCUGUUGCGGAUGAUAGCACAGAGGGGCUCAUAUUCAACCCUGCUGCAAAGAUCGAUGGCCUAUAAGAGUGCAAUUUCUUUGGAAACUCUUUAUCCUAAUAGUUCUUUAAAACUCACAACACCAUCCUUUACACCAAAUGAGAAUGAAAAAUUUUCUGGUUACAUCCCCAUGGAAAAAUUGGAUAUAACUUACAGUGCGAGUUCAGGGCCUGGGGGGCAAAAUGUUAACAAGGUGCACACAAAAGUAGACCUAAGAUUUAAAUUAAGUGAGGCCGAGUGGAUACCUACUGAAAUAAGGGAGAAAAUGUUAAAACAGCACAGCAAUAAGCUAACAAAGGAAGGUUACAUGAUCAUCCGUUCGGACACCACUCGCUCGCAGCAGCUGAACCUGGCUGACUGUCUACAGAAGCUCAGGACAUUGAUACGGAAUGCUGCCGUCACUGAGAAGAAAGCCUCACCGGAGACAGAGGAGAGGAUUAGGCAACGGCAUUUAAAGGCAUCUCGGCUGCGAGUGGCUCUGAAGAGAGAGGAGGCCUACAAGCGCGCCCAGAAGCGGCCGCCCACUGUCGUGGACUUAUGAUUUUUCCAUUAAAUUGGGCAUGCCUUUUAAAUGUUAAAUAGCAACAUUGCUAGUAGAUUGGUGAUUUUUGUAGGUUCAAAACGUUUGACAAGUAUGUUUAAGAUAGAAAUAGUACCAUUUUGUUUAUCAUUGUAGCUUAUACACAACAAAUGGGUUUCAUACGAACCAACUAAGAAUAGGAACAGAACCUACGUGUCAAAUGUCAUUUGGAAAAUGUGACGUAAUUGGAAAUCCUUUUUGAAUUUUAAUAUUGGUGUAUUUUUAACCGACAUUCACAAAAACGAAUGAGGUUUUUAAUAUAUCGGUUUUUUUCCCUGAGCUAUCAACCAAUUAACGUGAUUCUUUUUACGUUAAAUAGGAAAUUCUGAAGUGAAGCUCUUUCCUAGGAAUGGUGCCUUGUGGUGAUCUCUUUUGGAGAAAAUAUUUAUUACUUAUUAUCUGACUUAUACAUCAAAUUUAUGUAUAAUUGCGAUUGCUUUCUUGAGAUUAUCAAUUUAAAAUUAACACCUAUGACGUCAGAAGAUGGCGCUGUAUCGAUCCUAUCCUGAGUUUGAUUGCAUUGUAUAAUAUAAUAUAAAAUUUUAAAUAGCAUUGUAUAAUAACCAAGUCUUUCUAAUAAUUUUAAGAAACAGUCUCUAAAUAACUUAUCUGUCAAACUUGAAUGUAGGUAAAAAAUGUUGAUGCAAUGUUGCUAUAUUUAACAAAGUCUCAUUUGAUCUGUAAAACGUUGAGGACAAAUUAUAAAUUAGUUAAUAUUACAGUUACUUAAUCUUGUAAAAAUUGACCUCAUUCAGAGUUAUAGAUAAAUGAUGACGGGUGCCCAAUUUAAUGUGAAAAACGUUAAAAUAUAUAUUGAUAGUGAUGAAUAAUAUGUUGUACUAGAUUAAGCUACUUGCAGUAGAAAAUAACAAAAAAAUAAAAUAAAUAAAAAA